GACAGAAGAAGGGAUGGAAAAGGGAUCGUGGCGGAAACGACGUCGCUGUCGUCGAAGGCGACGACGAUCAGCUUCUGCCUGCUUGUGUAUAUCAAAACGAUCCCGGCAAGGACUCGAAACGGUCAGAAGCCUCUCGGACGGCAAACGGUGCGGUUGUUCAAAACUCUCUGGUUCGCUGUGCAAGGAUAUUUGAGAAUUUGGUUUUGAGUUUGUUAAAGUGUUUGGAAGAUUUUUUGGUUGGGAUAGAUAUUUAUCUCAAACGGAAGACUGAAGAAGAUUGCAGAUGUUGAUCUCAGAAGAAGCAAAGCAAAGACGGUGACGGUGAUGAUUGCAUAAGAAGAGCUCUGGACAAACGAAGAGACCGAAAAGGAUUUCCAAGAAUUUCGGCUGGUUAAGUGGAAGGACUUGAAGUGUUGGACGGACCUAGGGGUGGGAUAGAUUGGAUUUUGUGGCGGAGAAUUUUGUGAAUAGAAGUGGACUAGCGGUGUAUUGGUGCAGCGGAGAUAACGGUAUUGUUGUGCAUAGCUAACUGUGGUAGAUAACGGAACAUUUGGAGCGAAACAAUGGCUCACAAUGUGGAUCUGGUGUGCAAGGAGAUCAUCUACGACGAAGUGGAUAGUCAGUUUGCCGAACCGGACCCGACGAUGAUCGCGGAUGUUCGGGUCAUUCAGAACUUGAUUGGGCUGGAACGGUUGACGAUUCCGUCGUGCAACUACUUCGGCUCGGUACAGCAAGAUAUCAAGCCGAACAUGCGCAAGAUCGUCACCACUUGGAUGCUGGAGGUAUGCGACGAGCAGAAGUGCGAGGAGCAGACUUUCCCACUGGCGGUAAACUUCUUCGAUCGAUUCCUCUGCGCAUGCCCGAUCGAUCGCUACCACCUGCAACUGUUGGGAUGUUGCGCUCUCCUGUUGGCCUCGAAGAUCCGCCAAUGUCAUCCUCUGACGGUGGACGUUCUCAGUGCGUACACCGACCAUGCCGUCUCGCCAGAUCAGAUCAGGAGUUGGGAGCUACUGAUGAUCAGCAAACUGGAGUGGAACAUCACGGCCGUAACGGCGUUCGACUACGUCGAUCAGAUUCUGGAACGCGUCAAAUGGGGAUCGGACGACUCGCGGCUACGGGAGCACGCGCACACCUUGAUCCACGUCUGCAGCACCGAAACCAUCUUCAUGCAGUUGGAACCCUCGCUGCUAGCGGCGGCUUGCAUCGCCUCCGCAAGCCGUGGCCUCAACGUGUCCACCAAGAUGGCCACCGGGUUCGAUCUGUGCCGGUUGACGUUCCACGACAUUGCCAAAAUCGAUUUCAUCGUCAAAAUCAUCGAAGAAAUCGUCGCCAAGGAAAUCGCCGACAAGCAAUUGCAACAGCAGCAGCAACAGAUGGGCGCCAAUGGGGCCGCUGGGGGCAGCUGCAAGGAACAGUACCAGCAAGCACCGCAAAAAGUUGGUGGCGCCACCGUCGAGCAGACGACGUCACAACAGCAGCCCGAAACGCCCACCGAUGUGCAGUUUAUCUACUUUUAACUGUAAACGGGGGACGCUGCGUAGUUUAGGAAUUUUUCCGGGCGUUCGUCGCUGCUUUUCGCAGUGAACGAUCGCCUGGGGAAGCUGUAUCUAUUUUUUCUCUCUAUUGUUUUGAGAUAUUUAUCUGCCAAAAUUUACGCAUGUUGUUAAGAAAGCGAAAGUUAUAUUUUCGAUGAAAUGGGAAUGUAGGCGCUAUUCGUCAUUUGCCGACCCCUCCGAGCAGGGGUGGGUUGAUUGAAAUGUCACUCGGUUGACUGAACCAAAAUUUCAUAUUGUAUAAUAUUUACACUGAAAACAAAAAGCGGAAACCAGAAUCUUUGAAAACUUAGUUAAUUUUCUACAAACAAAAAAACAUUUUUGAUUCGUUCAAAAAACAAAAAAAAACACAAAAUGGUGCGAACAUAGUUUAUCUACUGUUUAUACUUUUUUCUAUUUUCCUAUUUUCUAAGUUUAGCCUUACUUUUUGCCCCUUUUGAAACUUCUAGAUUCUAUUCUGUUUUAGUUUCUCUAUGGAAAACGAAACGUGUUCAACAUUUCCACAUUAUUGUAGCAUAAUCCGGAAUUGUAGCGUAACGAUUACCUGAUAAGAUUUCACUUCUACCAACGCGAGAAAAAUUGUUAAAUUAUUUAUUUAUAUUAACCACUUAGAGACAUCACAACCCGGUUCCUGCUAGUCAGGAACUCUUGGAAUUACCCCCCAUAAACACACCGGCGAAUCUUUUGAUUUUCCGCGUGCCUAAGAUCGAUUGUAAGUCAAUUAGUUUAGCGUUGUAGGAACCCGCCAAAGAUUUACCCUAGGAAACCUACUGCCACCGAAUUCAGCGAAAAAUCCGCCGCAGCCAUAUCGAUUCCACGCGCGAGAAACCAACUAAAUUUAAAAAUACAUUUUUUUUAUUUUCUUUAAAUCGAGAUCUCAUUCACGUUAAGACAACGGUACGGUAAGGUAUUUGUACAAAGGCUAAGGCGUUUAAACUAAGUUAGAGCGAUAAGACUUGUACAUAUUCUCAACCCGAGAAACCAUGGCCUGUAUCGAGAGACGAAAAGUUCUACUUAGCUGGGAAAAAAGCGAAUACAAACGCAUUCAGACAGAGAUUUUUUCCAGAUCGAGUUUCGUUUGUAUUUGUUCUCUAUAAUAAUUGUUAAUCUAGUCUUAAUUAAGAGAAAUUUAUAACACUAAUUUAUACCAAAACAGACACGAAUACGACGCGCUAAAGUUAUACGAAAAGGAGGGACAUCGGGUUUGAAAUAAAGGUUUUUUUUUCUUGUUUCAUACUGUAAUUGUUUUGACCGACUUUUUUUUUACAAACGCGGGAGAUGAUUUAGAUUCGGUGUUGAUCGCAAACGAGAUAUACUCAAAGGACUGUACAUAGAUUUUUGUUCGCGCAGUCGUCGUUCAAGAAAAAUCGUUUGAUAUAUUUUGUCAUCGUUUUAUACUAUUAAAUGAAUCGGAAAUAAAGAGAACUCAAAAUCAA